UUUAUAUUACCCUGAAUGAAGCGCUGCUAUUGGACGGCCUCUCUUAGGGAAGGUCCUGUGAAAGAGGUGUCCUCCCUCUUUCACGGUCUUAAAAGCCCAGGAUCUCGAUUCAGCAGGGUACUCAAAACUGCUAAAAUGACUACCCUUACUGCCAAGGACAAGGACACCGUCAAGGCCUUCUGGGGAAAGAUUUCUCCCAAAGCAGCAGACAUUGGAGCAGAUGCUCUUGGCAGGAUGCUGGUGGUUUACCCACAAACCAAGACCUACUUUGCCCACUGGAAGGACUUGAACCCCGGAUCUGCUCCUGUGGCAAAGCAUGGAGCAACGGUGAUGGGUGGAGUUGCUGAAGCUGUGGCCAAAAUCGACAAUCUGACCGCAGGUCUGCUCAACCUGAGCGAGCUGCAUGCCUUCACUCUGAGAGUGGAUCCUGCUAACUUCAAGGUUCUUGCCCACAACAUCCUUGUGGUUUUGGCCAUCAGCUUCCCCAACGACUUCACCCCUGAGGUCCAUGUAGCCAUGGAUAAGUUCCUGGCUGCCGUGGCUCUGGCUCUGUCCGAGAAGUACAGAUGAACACCUGGAGAGGAAGAGAAUCUACAUCAGUUCAUUCUUGAUGUGAUGAAUAAAUGCAUAAAAACAAAAA